AUGAAUAAUCGUGUUGAUUUGGUGGAGAAAAUCACUCCGUGGAGGGAAUCAUGGAAAGUGCAUGUUAAAGUUGUGAAGUUGUGGUACCAGAAGAAUACAGCUUUGGAUCCUUCUCAAAAUCUGUUGCAUAUGGUCUUAAUGGAUGAGAAGUUACACAAGAUCCAAGCUACCAUUAGAGAUGAGCUUAUAUCAAAGUUUGCUGUGUCUCUAAAUGAAGGUGAUCUGUAUUUGAUAACCAAUUUUACAGUUUUGCCAAACACUGGUUUGAACAGAGUGACCAAACAUCGGUUCAGACUUUUGUUCCAAUACAAGACCUCUGUUGUUUCUGUGGUCUCUCCAAGGAUAACUCAUUCCGGGUUGUGUUUUACAUCAAUAGAUGAAAUUGAUCAAAUGACAAGGGACCACAAUUUCCUUAUUGACUUUGUUGGGAUCAUUACUGGUGUUCGAAAAGAAAGAGAUGUAGCAUCAUAUGGGAAGCUCAUCAAAGCAGUUGUGCUAGAAGUUUUUAGUCAUGGGAAAAAGGUCCAAUGCAAUGUGUUUGGAAAUGCUUGUGAUCUCUUGGAAUAUGAAAACUUACAAAAAUAUCCAAGAUCUCCACUGAUUGUCCUUGAGUCUUUUAAAAUCAAAGCAAUUGAAGGUGGAGUAAUUCUACAGAAUGUGAUCAAUAUCUCUAGAUUAUUCAUUAAUCCAGACAUUCCUGAGUCUGUUGAGUUCCUAAGCAGAUUUAGUGUAGCCAGUUAUGGAUUCUCAAGACUUGUGACCAAUGACCUUGGAUACUUAAUUUCUAAAGUUGAUGGUGAUUAUUUCAAUCCCAAAGAGAUCAGUAGUAUUCAAGAUCUUGAUGUAGAUAACAGGGAUGCUCAUUACUUUGUAAUUGAGACAAUUAAGGAAGUUAUGGAUGAACCAGAUUGGUGGUACUACUCAUGUGUAUGUGGUCAUCCUGUUGUUGACCAUGAGGAUCUCUACCUUUGUGAUGCUUGUUGUUCAUGUGUUGAACAUGUUAUGCUCAAGUAUAGGAUUCGGGUAAAGAUUCACCAUGCUGGGUGUGAUGUUUUGUUUGUUCUGCUUGAUAAUGCGGCAACAAAACUAUUUGGAAAAACCUAUUCUGAAGCAUUUCUCAGGAUAGACGAAGAAUUCCCUGUUGAUCCUAGUGUGCUUGCAGUAUCAACUCCUUCAUAUUGA